AUGGCUGGUCGUGCAAUGGGACUUCGUGCACCGGCAUGUUACCUGCUCGCUCCACAACUGCACCGGCGUGCUGCUGGUUUUGCCACUGGAGCACGCCCAAGCCUGACUGAGCAGGGACAGAGGUACUUCACCAAGACUCAUGAGUGGUUCCAGGUGGAGGAGGAAGGCGUGGGAACUGUUGGCAUUACACAGGUGGCGCAGCGAGCACUGGGUGAAGUCCUGUAUUGUAAGCUUCCACAGGAGGGUGCCAGAUUCAAGGUCAUGGAGACGCUUGCAACUUUAGAGGCCCUGAAGUCUGUUGGCGAGGUCCACAGCCCUAUCCGAGGGGAAGUCAUUGAGGUAAAUACGCGCCUGGAGCGCGAGCCUGCUCUGGUCACAUAUGCUCCUUUGACCGACGGAUGGCUCGUUCGCAUGGCUUUUGAUGGCCAAAUUCCGAGAUACCUCAGGAGAAGCAGUGCCAUCCCACGCUCACAGGUAGAACCCUUGCUCGCUGACAUUCCAGGACUCGUUCGCUAUCUUGAAGAGCGGCUUCUCAGCAGUCCAGGAGACAGUGACGCGCUGCAGGAGCUUACUUUUGAUGGACUGCGUACCAUAGAGCGCUGGUAUAUUCACAAAGCUGCCAGCGAGUUGAACCUGUACACAGCAUCGCACGGCACGGGCGCCGGCAGACAGCUUGUGGUUCGCAGAGCACCCCGCACACGGAACCAACCAGGGCCGGAUGCUGAUGAGGACUCAGAUGACGAAGAAGAGGAUGAGGAAGAGGAGGCGGUUCCUCAGCGAGAACGACCACGCCUGGAAAGGCGAAGGAAGAGAGCGCCAGUACGUGUGCUCUACAAGUGA